AUGAACACCACCUACACUCCCAUCCCCUGGCGCGAGCACACCACCCUCUCUUCAAUCGACAGCUCUCUCCUCGCCCUCGCCCUUCUCCUGACCCUGAUCGUGAUAGUCUACAAUCGCUACUUCCACCCACUCUCCCCUUUCCCAGGGCCAUUCCUGGCAAGUAUCUGGUCCGGCUGGCGGGCCUGGGGGGACUACGGAAAUCUCGAAGACCAAGACCCCCUUCUGCACGAACGCUACGGUCCCAUCAUCCGUGUCUCGCCGAAUGUGAUUUCGGUUGCAGACCCAGAAUACCUCAAGCAGAUAUAUACCCAGACCCAUCGCACCGGGUGCUGGCUAUCCUUCGCACAUAAUGGGACCGUCUAUGGAUCCUCGAUUCGUUCCUCGGCGCUACAUGAGGAGUUGGGGAAGAGGGCUAAGACUCUCUAUUCUGCAGACGUGACUGGAGGGUGGGAGGGUGUUGUGGAUCGGAAGGUUAGUGAAUGGAUUGGGAAGCUGAAAGGGGAGUGUAGCGGUGGGUGGGUUCGGUUCAACCUUUCUGAGUCGGCGAGGUAUUUGAGUGUUGAUUCGAUAGGGUCAGUGGUGCCCGGGAUCGACAUGGGGUGUACGCAGAAUGAGGGGGAUGUGGGUAUUUCAAGUCUGCCUGGGAGAGAAGAUGCUGAUGAAAAUAUCCGCGGCUAGAAUGGGGGUCAUACCCGGGAAUUGGAAAGAGGGUUGGGGCUGACAGGGCUCUUGGCUGGGCUUCCUAAUAUCUGUAGGGCUCUCGCCUGCGAUCUAUUAACCGGUAAUGUUUGGAUGGCGAAGGGAGAUAAGGUGGGGCCUGCCGCUGUACGAGCGAAGGCUGGAUCAAUCAUUGAUGUAGCCUGGAAGGCCAGGAAGGAAGUAGAGGCUUGUGGAGAAGAAUGUUAUCUCAGUAGGGAACGCACUACCCAAGAAGUUAAUCUGUUCGGAGAGUUAGUACCUUCUAUACCCCUCCCAUUCAAUCUUAUACAGAUCCACAACACUUACUAUCAAUAGAGCAAUAUCUAUCAAGAAACCUAACCGCACUAGACUCACUAAAGAGGAAGUUUACUUCCCUUGUACCCCUCCCCCCUCUCCUCAAGCUGCACUCGCAAAAGCUAACACCCCCACCGGUCUCGCAGGCGAAGACUCCACCGCCUUCGCUAUAACCAGCGCGCUCAAACUCCUGCUCACCAAUCCGCGUGUUCUCGCAGCCCUCCUCUCUGAACUCACAACAUAUUACGAGAAAAAAGCUCUCCCGCACAUCCCACCUUGGGGCGACAUUGCGCACUUCGACACAAAACUCCCCUACCUCUCUGCGGUCCUGCGAGAGUCCCUACGAUUCCAUCCAACCUUUCCCAUGAGUAUUCUAUGUGUGGCCCCUCCCUCAGGGGUCACUAUUACCCACAGCAACCGCCUCUAUACUAUCCCCGGGGGCUGCACCAUCAGAGCGAAUCCCAUUGUCAUUGGCAGGAAUAAGCUCGUUUUUGGGGAGGAUGCGCAUUGUUUUCGCCCUGAGAGGUGGCUAGAGGGGAGCGAGGAGGGGAUCGAGAUGAUGAAGGCUGUUGAGCUCGAGUGGGACACCGAUAGUGGUGAUUGUCUUGGGACAGCUCUUGCACGGAUGGCCGUCGCUAAGGCCAUCGUAAUGGUCUUGAGGAACUUUGAGGUUGGGUUGGUGGGCGGCCGUCCGAGAGGGGAGGCGUGGAAGCUGGCAGCCACUGGGGUGCAUCACGCUACUGAGCUCUGGGUUAAGCUGGAACCGAGGGAGGACAAGAUGGAUGGUAAUAGGCGGGCGGGGGAAAUGGGUGGUGCGAGUGAGCUCUCGUGA